AUGAUGAAUGGUAUAAAGGAGAACGAUAAAUCUGUUUUGGUGACAGGCGGUGCUGGUUAUAUUGGUUCCCAUACAGUCGCUGAAUUAGUUGAAAAUGGCUAUAAAUGUAUAGUCGUUGAUAAUUUAUCAAAUUCUUCCUACGAAUCAGUUGCAAGACUACAAAUAUUAACAAAGACCCAUAUUCCAUUUUAUAAAAUUGACUUAUGUAAUUAUGAAUCUUUAGAAAAUAUUUUUGAAGAAAAUAAAAUUGAUUCAGUGAUUCAUUUUGCUGGUUUGAAAGCUGUUGGUGAAUCAACAAAAAUCCCUUUGAAAUACUAUCAAAAUAAUUUGAUUGGUACCUUAAACCUGUUAGAGCUAAUGGGUAAAUACAAUGUUGAAAAAUUUGUAUUCUCUUCUUCUGCCACUGUUUAUGGUGACGCAACAAGAUUUCCAAACAUGAUCCCAAUUCCUGAAGAAUGUCCAUUGGGUCCAACUAAUCCAUAUGGUAAUACUAAAUUUACUAUUGAAAAAAUACUUAAUGAUUUAUAUAACAGUAAUCAAUCUAGUUGGAAAUUUGCGAUCUUGCGUUAUUUCAAUCCAAUUGGUGCUCAUCCUUCUGGUUUAAUUGGUGAAGACCCAUUAGGCAUUCCUAAUAACUUAUUGCCAUAUAUGGCUCAAGUUGCCGUUGGUAGACGUGAUAAAUUGAACGUAUUUGGUAACGAUUAUGAAACAAGAGAUGGGACUCCAAUCAGAGAUUAUAUUCAUGUCGUCGAUUUGGCAAAAGGUCAUAUCGCUGCUUUAAAAUAUUUGGAUAACAAAAUUCAAAAAGAUGAAGGUAUCUGUAGAGAAUGGAAUCUAGGUUCAGGUAAAGGUUCUACAGUUCUGGAAGUUUAUGAUUCAUUCUGUGGUGCUGUUGGGAAUAAAAUUCCUUAUGAAGUUGCUGGCCGAAGAGCCGGUGACGUCAUUAAUUUGACCGCUAAGCCUGACAGAGCUAAAAGAGAAUUAGAAUGGGAAACAAAAUUAAAUGUUGAUAUUGCUUGUAAAGAUCUAUGGAAAUGGACAACAGAAAAUCCAUUUGGUUAUCAACUGAAGCAUGUUGUUGAAAAAUUUGCUGAAGCUGUAGAUGAAUACGAAUCGAGAUUUGUAACUAUAGGUGACGGUACAAAAUUCCAAGCUACUAUUGCUAAUAUUGGAGCAACUUUAGUUGAUUUAAAAAUUGAUGGUCAAUCUGUUGUACUAGGUUAUGAUGAUGAAUCUGGUUACUUGAAUCCUGAGACAUGUUACGUCGGUGCCACUAUUGGUAGAUACGCCAAUAGAAUCGAAAAUGGUGCUUACAAAAUUGAUGGCAAAGAGUUUAAAUUAACUGCUCAAGAUAAUGGUAAUGCAAACCAUAGUUCAAUCAACUCUUAUCAUAAUAAGAGAUUUUUGGGUCCAUUAGUUCAAAACCCUAAGAAGAAUGUAUUCACUGCUGAAUACAUGCUAUUAGAUUCUGAGAAAACUUCUGAAUUUCCUGGUGACCUAAUUACAGUUGUUAAAUAUGAACUAAAUGUUACUGAAAAAUCUUUAACAAUGACAUAUAAAUCUGAAUUAGUAGAUGGCAAGGCUACACCAAUUAAUAUGACUAACCAUACUUAUUUUAAUCUAAAUAAGGUUAAUAAAGAUACUAUUGAAGGUACUAUCAUUCAAACUGUUACUAACCAAUCAUUAGAUGUCGAUGAAGCUCUUAUCCCAACAGGGGAAAUAAUUUCUAGAGAAAUUGAAACCUUUAAAUCUCAACAGCCAACCACUUUAGGCAAGGAAGAGCCAAAAUUUGACUGUUGUUUCAUCAUCAAUGAGAAGGAAAGAUUGACAACUUUAGAUACAACAAAUCUAGAAUUAAGAUCAGUCAUUAGGGCUUGGCACCCAGAAUCUAAUAUCAAUUUGGAGAUUUUAACUACUGAACCAACUUUCCAACUAUACACUGGUGAUUUCUUAUGUGGUAAGUUUACUGAAAGAGAAGGUUUUGCAGUUGAACCAGGUAGAUACAUCAAUGCCAUCAAUAGAGAUGAAUGGAAGGAUUCUGUAAUCUUAAGAAAGGGUGAUGUAUAUGGUUCCAAAAUUGUUUACAAAUUCAGCCAAACAAAUAUUUAA